ACUGGAAGCUGCAUACAGGAUGGGCUAACGUACAACGACAAGGAUGUGUGGAAACCCGAACCCUGCCAGAUCUGCGUCUGCGACAACGGCAACAUCCUCUGCGACGAGGUGAUCUGCGAGGACACCUCCGACUGCCCCAACGCCGAGAUCCCCUUCGGAGAGUGCUGCCCCAUCUGUCCCGACACCGAUGCCUCCCCUGUCUACCCAGAAAAUGCUGGAGUAGAGGGUCCUAAGGGAGACACCGGCCCCAAAGGAGACAGGGGACUCCCCGGCCCCCCUGGCAGAGAUGGCAUCCCUGGACAGCCUGGCCUCCCGGGACCCCCAGGCCCUCCAGGUCCUCCAGGCCUCGGCGGAAACUUCGCUCCUCAAAUGUCUUAUGGCUACGAUGAGAAAGCUGGUGGCAUGGCCGUGCCCGGCCCUAUG